GUUUCAUCUGGGUAGAAUAUAAUCGAGUAAUCGGAAUCUUGGAAAUAAAUUGGAUUAAAACGCGUCACUGUCAGGGUUACUGUUACAUUGAUCGAGUGUGAUGGGAGGGUGCUUUUCUGAUUUGGAAGGGGGAAAGCAAGCAGUGGGAGUAGGGUUUCGUUCACAUCAGAAUCAAAAUCAAAAUCAAGGUGAUAACAAUAAUGGAGCCCACAACGACGCCGUCGAUUUCUUCUUUAAAACCAAAGGGUUUCAGCCAAUGUUCACUCAGGUUGAGUUAUCUUUUUCAGCAUCAAAUUUACUUGAUCUGGAUAUUACAUCAAAGAGUGAUCCCAUGGUUGUUGUAUAUGAAAAGAAACAUGGAAAAUUGCAAGAACUGGGUCGCACUGAGGUCAUAAUGAAUAACUUGAAUCCAGAGUGGAUAGAGAAAAUUACUGUUGCUUUUCAGUUUGAGAUUGUGCAACCACUUGAAUUUCAUGUGUACGAUGUUGAUUCAAAAUAUCAUGGUAUUGCCACUAAGACACUAAAUCUGAAAGACCAAGACUUUCUUGGGCAAGCCAGUUGCACUUUAUCUGAGAUAGUGACUAAACAUAGCCGAAGCAUAACCUUAAACCUCCAAAACAAAACCAGGAAUGGUGGUUCAAGAAACUUAGGGGCACUCACUGUUCGUGCUGAGGAGACUGUUGCUUCAAAGAUUGCUAUUGAGAUGAUCUUAAGAUGUUCACAUUUGGAUAACAAGGACAUUUUCUCAAAAUCUGAUCCCUUCUUAAGAAUAUCAAGAGUAGUUGAGAGUGGAGGUUCUGUUCCAAUUUGCAAGACUGAAGUUAUUAACAACAAUUUGAAUCCAACAUGGAAACCAGUCACCCUUAGUUCCCGUCAGUUUGGAAGUAAAGAAAAUCCAUUACUCAUUGAGUGUUUUGAUUUCAAUAGCAGUGGUGACCAUGUGCUUAUUGGUAAACUGAGAUCAUCAAUAGCAGACCUAGAAAGGCUUAAAAAAGAGAGAACAGGCACAAAUUUGUUCAUACCAUCCACACACCACAGAAAAGAAGAGAAGAUGCUGAAGGGUCAACUUUUUGUGGAUCAAUAUUGUGAAAAGGAGCAAUUCAGCUUUAUUGAUUAUGUAUCCAGUGGAUUUGAACUGAACUUCAUGGUUGCUGUGGAUUUCACUGCUUCAAAUGGAAAUCCUCGAUAUUCAGAUUCUUUGCAUUAUAUUGAUGUCUCGGGUCAGUUAAAUUCAUAUCAAAGGGCUAUAAUGGAGGUUGGGGAGGUUAUUCAGUUCUAUGACUCUGAUAGGAAGUUUCCUGCUUGGGGCUUUGGAGGAAGCACAGCUGGUGCCGUUUCCCACUGUUUUAAUCUGAAUGGUAGUCCGAGAGACUCCGAGGUUGUAGGAGUUGAAGGCAUAAUGGAUGCAUAUGCAACUGCUCUGCACAAUGUCACACUCUCAGGACCCACUUUAUUUGGUCCAGUUAUCAACACUGCUGCAGAAAUGGCUGCCAAGUCCCUUGCAUCACAUAAUGGAUCCAAGUAUUACGUAUUACUUAUCAUAACGGAUGGAGUUGUUACGGAUCUUCAAGAAACAAUAAAUGCUCUUGUGAAAGCAUCUGAUCUUCCCCUAUCAGUUCUUAUAGUUGGAGUUGGAGGUGCUGAUUUCACCAACAUGGAGGUGUUGGAUGCUGAUAAUGGCCGUCGGUUAGAGGGUUCUAGUGGUCGUAUCGCUACACGAGAUAUCGUUCAGUUUGUCCCUAUGAGAGAAGUACAAAGGGGAAGUAUCUCAGUGGUGCAAGCUCUAUUGGAAGAACUGCCUGGUCAAUUUCUGAGUUUCAUGCGAAGUAGAGACAUUAAGCCACUUACUUCCCAACAAGUUCCUCACUAGUUGAUGAAUAUAGACACCCCCAACGAAUUAGCUAUUGUACUUCUCAUUCAAACUGUAAAUACAACUUGAAUAUUUUGCUUAUAAUUUUUUAUUCGUUGUAAAGGAUUUAUGGUUUUCCCCUUUGAGAUCUAUUAUUCCAAAUUUACCAUGGAAUAUAGAUCUAUUUCUUAUUUUAACCCUGAGAUCUGUUAUUCCAAAUUUACCAUGGUUAGUA